AUGAAGUUCACCAUCUCCGCCAUUGUCCUCGCUCUCUCUGCCCUCGCCGCUGCCAGGCCUCAAGGCGCCAACGACAACCGUCCCGUUCCCGAAGGCGCAUGCUGUGUCGCAAACACCAGCUUGAAGCAGGAUGUGUGCACUGUCAACGGACAGAGCGGCCGAUGUGUCCCCGACAGCGUCAACAACUGCGGCGCCCAGUUGACCUGCAUCGAGGACAGCCGAUUGAACUGCGACCCCAACACCCUUGAGAGGGGCCGCCCUCUCUGCCGCCGCAUCCAGGGCGCGUAA